UGUGGGGCUUCCUUUCAAAAAAAAAAAAAAGAAAACGGCUGUCGGCCACAUUUGGGGGGGUUUAUCUCACGGCGGUUACACAGUGCGGGAAAAGAAAUUAACGUGAACCCAACUGCCCCCCUGUGCUCAACGGAUUUCCACAACGGCUGUUUUUUUUUCUUUCUAUUUUUUUUUUUUUUUUUGGGGGCUGUUUUUUUUUUUUUUUACCCCAGUCAUGUGAUUGUAACGUAAAACCCCUAACCGGAAAACACCGACGGACGACCCUCUCCGCCGCCAACGAAUGCUGGGUUCCGCACAGGAACAGUACAAGCUGCCGCGAGCCCACAGAGAGCGGACGGACGAGUCGCUUCUCCGGUGACUAACAACGCGACGGCGACACUCCACGGAUCUCGGCGCAGUGCAGGUUGAAGAAUGGAGUUGGCCAACCAUGGUCUUAUCCUGCUGCAGCAGCUUAACGCUCAGAGGGAGUUUGGCUUCCUGUGCGACUGCACUGUGGCUAUAGGAGAUGUCUUCUUCAAAGCCCACAAAGCCGUCCUCGCUGCCUUCUCCAACUACUUCAGAAUGCUCUUCAUUCACCAGGACAGUGACUGUGUGCGCUUGAAAGCUGCUGACAUACAGCCAGAUAUCUUCAGCUACCUCCUCAACCUGAUGUACACGGGCAAGCUUGCACCCCAGCUGAUAGACCCCGCGCGGCUGGAGCAGGGCGUCAGAUUCCUGCAUGCCUAUCCGCUCUUGCAGGAGGCCAGCCAGUCGGUGUAUUCACAACGCGAGCACAGCAUCACCCUCUCCACCUCACUCUAUGGCAUCCAAAUCUCUGACCAACAGGUGGGGCUGUCAGCCCGACUGCCCAAUCGGCCGCAGCUCUCCUCGCCCUUGGACGUCGAGCCACUCGCCUCCGAGGGGAAGUAUCCAUCCACGCCAACCGCCACCGCUUCAUAUGCCAACUCCUCGCCAUUCAAGCUAUCAUCCUCACCCACAGACAUGGAGGCCUCGACCAGCGGCACUAAACCUACGGCCGAGGAGGGGGUCAGCGACUUGCUGAGUGCAGAUGGUUCGUCGGCCAGUGCCAUCCUCCACGUGAAGCCCAGCAUCAUGAAGAGGAGUUCCUCCUUUAGGAAGCAUUAUUCCUGUCAUCUGUGCAGGAGCCGAUUCACCCAGCGAUGCCUGCUGAGAGAGCACCUCCUGCAGCACACCCAGGCUCUCCAGCAGACCUUGACUGAGCCCAGUAAUGCACUCUCACCUGUCAUGACUGGAGAACUCAGCAUGAUGGAGGUAGAGGGGAUCCUUAGGGGAAGCAAGCCAGGGUCAAGUGCCUCCACUGCCACUACAGCGGUUGAGAUAAUCAGUGACAGCGAGCAAACGCCCGUUUCGGGUACCAACUCGGACUCUCCCCAAGCAGAGGUGUCCACAUCCUGCUGGGGGGUUGGGGGGUUACAUUCUCAGGCAGACACACCACCUCCAUCAGACAUUGCGGAUAUCGACAACCUGGAGAGCGCCGACCUGGACCGGGAAGUGAAGCGGCGGAAGUACGAAUGCUCCACCUGUGGCCGCAAGUUCAUUCAGAAGAGCCACUGGCGUGAGCACAUGUACAUCCACACAGGGAAGCCCUUCAAGUGCAGUGCAUGUGGCAAGAGCUUCUGCCGGGCCAACCAGGCGGCCCGCCACGUGUGCCUGAACCAGGGGGCCGACACGUACACCAUGGUGGACCGACAGAGCAUGGAGCUGUGCACUGCAGGCGACGACAGCAGCCAGAUGGAUGCGAUGUUCUUGGACUCGUCGAAGCCUUACAAGUGUAACAUUUGUGCGACCACCUUCUCCAGCCCCAACGAGGUGAUCAAGCACCUGUGCUUCACCCAGGGCGGAUUAGUGGGGCUGCAGGGAAACGCUGGUGCAGGAAUGCUGCUCCAGCGCGAGGAGUUCUCCAAAGAUGAAGGCUCUGAUUUGUCCAACUCCGCCACCCCACUAGAGCCCAUAAAGACUGAGGAGAUCCUUGUAGAGUAGUGCCAAAACUUCUGUCCUUUUUAACAUGUAUGUUUAUCUUUUAAAUAAUGGUUAAUACAUAAGCUAAAGAUAGUCAGGGUAUGUAUGUUUGACGUUCUCAAUCUACUUAAAAGUUGUUUUGCUUUUGUUUAGUACAGUAUUUUAGGAUAUUUUUUUGGGACCUUGUGUUUGACUAAAUGUUUAAAGUAAAUAGCCUAUAGCUCUCAGGAGUUCAAACCAACAUCAUAAGAAAAAACACUUGGCUCAAGGCUGAGUUAAAUACCAACGAGGGAGAUGAAAGUGACUAGUUUCAUCUAAUUUUAUUAUUGGUUAACAUUACACUCUCACAUGUCGGUCUGUGCCGCAUAGUUUUUUUAUGAAGAGUUGCAGUCGUGGUGAAGCUGCACAUGCAGACUUUCAACUUAAAAAGGAAGAGGAAGCUGAGACUGUUCCGGAGGAGACGGCAUUUUGUGAGAGAUGAGUUGGCCGAGGGGAAGGUUUGAGGGGGAGAGAGAAGCGGAAACCACUCUCGAGCUGCACAGAACGGUUGUUUCUACAUGGUCAUGAGGGGAUGAUUCUGCACAUCAGGUAUCGAUUAUGAUUCCAGCUUAAAGCACACAGAAUAUUCAGGCCUGAGACAAUCUGUGCUUAUUUUUAUAAGAGUAAUGCCCGAUAUGCAGGAAAAUAUUCCAUUAAUGUUUUGUAUGGGUUUUGGCUUCCCUGCAACAAUUAAUUCUAUGAUUUGUCGAGCUGAGAGUAGUUUUAGUUGGUGAUCGCUGCAUUUUAAAAACAAAACCGCUCGUCAUAAGAGUUAGAAGUCGCCGGAAAUUGGUCACAUCACAAGCAAACCUGUUCAUUGUGUUCACAAUUGCGCCACUUUGAUUUUCUUUUUUACUUUUUUUGCUGUAUAACGUUGGUCACUGAUUGAAGAAGCAACAGCUUCCAUCCAAACACGCAUACCUUGAUCUUGUACAUCUUGUCUGUGUUAUCAUUUGCUAGCAUCUACUUUUAAAAGCCCUUACAUUAGUUUGCUUUUCUAAUUUUAUAUACAGUGCUAUAUUUACAAAGAAUACAUUAUAUUGCAAAGGUGUAUAUAUAUAUUAGUAGACGAAUAGCUUUCGAAAUAGAAAUACAUUUGGAUUUAACAAAGGUUUAUGUAGUAGGGAUGGGCAUGAUACAUUUAUAAUUUCUUCUGAUGUCAAGUCGAAUCUGAGCUUGAUCAUCAUUGUUUGAACUUUGUGAAAUAACUUAUAUUUAAAAAGGUCAUUCUUUUUCCAUCGCCAAAUUUGUGCUCAUUACUAACAUGACUCAUUCUGUACAAAGGGAAGCUUUCUCAGUAUUGUAGAUUGAUAAUAUUGUAAAUCUUAUGACGUUUUUUAAUUUUUGUUCUUUCUCCAAAUUAGAUGAAACAAGUAGUGGUUGCAACAGUAUUAUAGAAAAACAUGGUGGGAGAAAAUAUGCAGAUGAACAUGAUGAAGUUUGACUGUUUCACCUGUCGGACGUCAUUUAAACUCAGGCAAGGACGACUGUGUGACAUAGUGUUGGUUUUAAUAACAUGAUGUUUGCAAGAAAUAUAUUAACAGGGUGAUGAUGUCUCUCUAUACCAAACUGUCUGGACAUAGGUUAAGGAAAUAUGAAAUGUGCUAUUUAUUUUAACUCGCAGCAACAUUAAUUCUUUGGGAUAACAAGAACACUUUUUGUGAACUACUGAUGACUGGAAAUUGUGAAAAAUAUUUACAUGUCCAAUAAAUGUGAAGCAACUGAAGUGAUAUGGCAAUUAUAUGAAGUGUGAUGAUCCGGCUCUAGUAGUAUACAUUUAAAAACACCAUUCAUCAGUUUUGAUUUCUCUGUUGCAAAUUGAACUGUGACUGCCAGCUUAACAUGACAUAAAAACAUUUUUUCUCAUAUUCUUUAUUAUUUUGUAAUUCACAAUUUAGUAGAGAUAGGCCUGUAACAAUGCAUCUAUGCUAUGAUUAUACUAGAAUUAGUUGCAAAUACAUUCUAUACUGUAUUGUUGUUAAUUAUUCUUUUUUUCUGCAAAAACUAAAUUGUUCAUGAUCUUUCCAACUUAUCCGAUUAAUAAGGGUUACAAUAACUUAUGUCUGCCAUAAUUCUACGAGGAAUAAAGUCUAAUCAUUUUUGUAUCCAUUCAUACUUCUACCUGACAGUGAUCUGAGACCAGUUAAUAAUUCACAAGUUGUGAUAAUCAAACUUUGAUAAUAUAACUUUAAAGCUGAGUCAUUGACUAAGCCACGCAAAAGCACAUACAUUUUUACUAUAAGAAAUAUAAACUGUAGCCUAUGUUCAAUUUAUUGUCAUUUUCAUUUUUAAUAACCUAAUGAUUUUGCACACAAAAAAACCCCAUCCCUAAUAUGUUUAAUGCACAUUAUCUUUUCUUCUAUUUUUGUUUUGAGCAAUUUUCAACCAGGCAGAUUCUUCAUCCUUAAAUACAGUUUUGCAUACUUUACAUACUUACAAUACUACAAUGAUAAGAAUCUAAAAGGCUGUUGUCGCUUUGAUGCUAUGAGCCCAGGGAUUGGCUAGAUGGAGCUGUUCUUCUUUGCUGUCUUCUCAGGUCAUAAGUGAAGGGGAAAUCUGUUGAGUUUGCACAGCGAUAUGUGUGUGUGGUUGCCAAUUGUGUGUCCAUCUUUACUCUCUUUCGGAAUAUGAAUUAAAAUGACAUCACGUGUUUUAGUUCACAGAAAAACAAACGUCUGUCAAUAUAACGUUCUAAGUGUUUCAUUGCCAGCAAAUGGAAGGAUUCUUUGUUUGUGUUGAUUUUGGUUUGCUGAGACGAUUGAAAUGCUGCACUACUGACAUCAAUUUCUCAGAGCUCAAAUUGUAAAUGCCCAAGUUGUAAAUGCAACACCAGUGUCGUUUGUGUGUUGUGUGUGUUAAACAUCGCAGUAUCUCAGGAAGAUGAGAAGUUUCACAUUGUGUUUUCUGUCCACUGUUGUCAAGCAAAAUUGAGGACCCCAACCCAUAAUACUGGAGUGCACACAAAAUGACCCUACUCACUAGUGCCCAUCAUCUGACAUCUACUGUGAUCAGCCCGUGUUCUCAGGAAUGUGGUUAUUUUUCUGUAUAGACACAAUUUUGUUUUGUUCUAUGUAUUUUUUCCCAGUGAAGAAUGAACAAUAAAAUCAUGUCUUUUUAUA